AUGGCCGACGUGUCCGAAUACACGGCCCUCGACAUGCCAGAGGCAGCGACUGCGGACAAGCCCUCGGCUCCGUCUGCUGCCGCCGUCGAAAGCACCAACAAGUUCCAGCAUGCCAUAUCCGCAUGGCGAAACAUUGAUUUGACCUCACUGGUCUCGACCUUGGACAACACGGCAUCAGACAUUGUCGCCUACCAGCGAGACUCCACCGUUCAACGAAAAGAUCUCGCCCAGAAGACCAAGGACUUUAGAAAGUUGGACGAUGCGACCAAAUUGACUGAAAUAAAGGGCUUGCUAAAGGCUUACCAAACCUUUAUCGACCUUCUGACGAACCACUCUAAAUCAACAAAUUCGGCAUUCCUUCAGGUGUACUCGGCCUUGUCCGACGCGCCAGACCCAUAUCCCCUGCUUGAAGCAUCGGUAGACUCCAUGCUGGUGUCUGAAGAUACCCUCCCAAAGCUUACCGAGGAGAACGAGCACUUGCAAAAGAACAUUACGAAGCUGACCGCACAGCUGGAAGAGACCGAGUCGAAACUACAGUCGGAAAGUGCUGCUCGGAAACAACUCGAGUCCAAUCUGGACGAAAAAGUAAAGGAGGUCGAGGCAUCAUGGACUGCUGUCCUGGAUGAAAAGAGAGACAACUGGGAGGCAAAGGAGAAGGCCUUGGAAGAAAAGGUGGAGAACCAGGAGAGGCUGAUGACUGAGAUCAAGGCCAGCUAUGAAGUCAACCAACGCCUGAAGGGGUCUGGAGAUGCCGAAUCCGAGGGACAAGGAGGGCACGUCACAAGCGCCGAGCUGGAAAUGGUUCACUCGGAUCUGGAGAGGACGAGCACGCGACUUGCCGAGGUGGAAGCACGCAAUGAGCAGCUGCGCCUGGACUUGGCACAGUCGAAAUCGCAAGUGUCUACUCAAGCUCCCGUCCUCGAAGACGACCCCAACUAUAUGCGCAUGCGUUCCGAGAACUCGUCCUUGAUUCGAAAACUCGAUUCAGCCAGGUUGGAGAAGGAGGGCUUCAAGCGCGAUAUUGACAUAAAACUACGAGGCCUGGAGAGAGAAGUCAGUCUGCUCAAGGAAGACCGUGACAAUCUCAAGGCCAAGGUGCAGAAAUGGCACGACUAUGACGAUAUCAAGCAGGAACUCGAGGUGCUCAAGAGUAUUGAGUUUGCUACAGGUGACGAUGAUGAUGCAGUCAUGGCAGAAGCCGAUUCAAACGGUAGUGCUGGCAAGAGUAAAGGCGACACGCUGGAACAGCUUCUCUUAGCGCGAAACAAGAAGCUCAGUGAUGAACUGACUAUAUUGCGGGUAUCGCAUCAAGAUCUGCAAAGCAGACUGGAGAACCUGCAAGAAGAAAUGUCAAGGACCAAUGCCGAUCUGGAGAGAGCACAGAACCUCAAUACACAGCUCGAGAACGACUUGGCAAAUCUACAAGCAGAGGGACAGAACGCCUUCCCGUCGGGAGCUUCAGUGGCUGGAACCUAUGCCCGCUAUGCACCCUCGGUUGCGCCUGGUAGGCGGGGUGGCAGGACCUCGCCCACGUCUUCCAUCAUCUCUGGCUUCAACCCUCGAGAUGGCGGCGGCGAAGCCUAUGGAGGCGGGUCUGGCAUGCUGCCGAUGAUUACUGCUCAGCGUGACCGCUUCAAGAAGAGAAUAACACAACUUGAAAAUGAGCUGUCCGAAUCUCACCGUACGAUAUCUCAGCUGCGGUCAGAGACCGCCGCACUCCAGAAAGAUAAUCUGCAACUAUAUGAAAAGACGAGAUACGUCUCAACAUACAACCGGGGUACGGCGUCUUCGUCCUCUGCCUAUUCCAGCAACCCCAACCCUUCGACAGUAUCAAUAGGAGGCUCUGGAAACCCCGGGAUGUCUCUGGAUAGAUACCGAAAAGCAUACGAAUCAAAUAUUUCGCCUUUUGCAGCAUUCCGGGGUCGGGAAUCAGCACGGGCCUACAAGCGCAUGAGCUUACCUGAGCGCGUCGUCUACUCAGUGACGCGGAUGGUUCUUGCUUCAAGAACAAGCCGGAAUCUUUUUGCUGCCUAUUGUGUAGCGCUACACUUGUUGGUGUUCCUGUCACUGUAUUGGAUGGGUACAUCAGAUGCCGAGCAGCACGCGAGCCAUUUGAGCCAAGGCGUAGCCGGCGCUGCAGCAUUGGCUGGGACGGCUGGCAAAGGAGGCACCGGAUCGAGCCACGGAGAGUGGAAAGAAGACUCUGGCUUUUAA